AUGUUCUCUAAAGCUUUCUCUUUACUUUUUGUGGUUAUGGUCUUAGCUAGUCUCACGUCUGCUCAUUUCACUUUGGACACUCCUGAAAGUAGAUAUUUUGAUGAAGAGAAGGAAGGCUCAUUCUGUGGUGGCUCUCAACAGCCGGCUGACCACCGAGGAUCAUUUCCUGUCGCGGGUGCAGCACCCAUUUGGAUAAAUUCACAUCACGAUCAUGCUGAAGUGGCUAUCAUCCUCAGUUUAAACACUGAUCCAAACAAAUUUUCGGAUUUCAAGACCAAUGGAAAGUUUAAUUAUUUGAUGGAUUUUACAAAAAUCUCGGGUCAAGAUAAAUUCUGUUUUUCAGUUGACAUUGCAUCAUCUGCAUCUCAAAACGGUUUCCACCUGUGGCUCCUAGAGACUUCGAGUAGUACCCGAAGAAAUACAUGUAAUUCUCAGCGAGCUAUACCCGUAGUGUCACUACUAGACACGGAGACUCCAUGGACAUGUCCACAGACUCCAUUUUUCAAGCCUCAUCUCCAGAGAUCUUUAACCAGACGUGUCUACCUCCUCAGACACGUCUGCUCCCCUAUGUGUCUACCUCCUCAGACACGUCUGCUCCCAUCCCUCAAGCCCUCACGUGCAGGCUCCGCUCUUAAACUUGGACUUGGUUAA